AUGUCGGCGGCUGCGUACACACGGACACAACAGUCGAUGGCAGCGCCCGUGCACCCCUCGGGCGUCUAUGGUGUCCAGGCACCAAAAUCAUUUGGUUGCACGUCCGGUACAAUCGACGGGUCGCGGUCGUAUCGGUGUUAUCACGUUGUAAAUACUAUUUGCUCGACGCUCGUGGUGCCCGUAGACACAAUAGUCGACGUACCGUCGUAAGUCGAAACGCCAUAAUACUUUAUUAUAACAUAAUAUUUUUAAUCACUAUAGUGCCAUUGAUUUUAUUGGCAUUGUCAAAUCAACGCUAAUACCUAAUAGUAUAAUAUUGUUUUGUCUGAUAAUUAUUUGGUGAUAUUUUAUUUUGUGGACAACGUAACCGCUGAUCCUCUAAACCCGUCGAACAACCGUCGUUAUCACGAUAAUCGUAAUCGUACGGCAACACGACGUCCUGCACUUCAUACUGCAGGCCGUUUCUACCGUAAAUUGAUCGCAUACACACACACACACACACACAUACACGCAUACACACACACACACACACACACACACAACAGAAACGGCGUCGUUUAAUCGCAUCAUUUUUAAUCCCGGCACCCGGUCUUUCAUGAUUGAGAAGAGCGAUUGUAUUAUUUUAUAUUCGUUGCUAUUGUUGUUUUUGUUGGUGAGAAAUGCAGCUCCGAUCAAUUGGGCUUUGAUCGAUUGAGUCGAUUAUAAUCAAGUAAACGUCGACGACGAUCAGCGUUCCUACCACGGUCACGAUACUCGACCUUGUGCCGUAAUCACAUUCACAGUCUUUGUCACCACGGUCUCGUGCACCACCACGGACACGCGCAUCACAUCGAGCCGGAACAUCACCAACGUUUCCAUCAACUGCAUCACGGUUGUUGCUUUAAUCGUCGUUACCAGUGUCGUUGCUAUCUUUUGCGGAACUGAGUGCAGCACCCAGAUCGCGGCAUCGCUUUAGCGGUCGACAAUAAGUAGGUAUAACAAUUUUGUAACGAUAUCCGUUAAUUUAGUUUGGUUGUUAGCAGCGAUUACGGCGCCGGACACGUUUGUUUCCGCCCUCGUGGCGGCCUUCGAUAUGGCACAGUUGACCAGUCCUUUGUUUUUGUGCACGCUAAUUGCCCCGAUUAUUGUGUUGAUCUUCGUGUUCACCGCGUUCAUUGUGAAAUUAACUAAGAUCUGCGGCCCAAAGCUUGACAAGAACGAUGAGACUGUGAUGGAAAUUAUCGACCAGUCGUCUCAGGAAGUGGAGUUCAGCGAGUAAGACGCCACUGACAAACCUUACUCAGAAUACGGUGAGUGUGUAGAUUUUUUUUUUUGAUGCAGUUAUUUCUACUGCAUUACUUAUUUUUAGUUACCUAUAUUACCUAUAUACGUGUGUACUUAUAGUAUGGCAAAGGAAAAUAGAUUGGUAUGGUAUAGGCACCGUGAUGAAAUAAGUAGUUUAGAACUAUUGGGUGGGGUUCAGGGACUGUGGGUUGACCAAAAAAAAAAAAAGACUCAGGGCUACAAAGGUUUUAUAGGAAAUAUAUGGACAAUGAGAAUUAAUAGCUUACCUCAUUUGUUUGGGGGUUCAAGGUAAAUAUUGGGUUAGGUUAACUUGAGUGACAUAUUCGAAUAUUGUAUUAUAUGUAAAAUAACAAGUAUUUGAUGAUGUACAGUGUUGAGUACCCCAGUGGUCUUCAACCUUUUUGGACUCGCGACCCAUUUUGCAAUUUUAAAUUAUUACUAAUAAGUAAUAUAUUUCUAGCGACUGUAGUAUCAGAGAGAAGAAUAUUUUAUAAUUGGUUUGCAAAUUUUUCAUUUAUCAAUUAUGUACACAUUUCAAUAGCAGCCGGUAAUAUUAGUUCUUCCGGUAUAUGGUUUCAAACAUUUUGCAAUUCUAUACGAGACUAAAACGAUGCUUUUAAAGCCGACUGUGAAACUGAUGAAUAUUAUUUUAUGAUUUUUUGAUUUUUAUUUUAGUUAGUAUUUAAUGAUUCAAAAUACUCUAUCGAUUUGUCUUUUUAAUUUUGACUGUUUUAAACUUUCAUUUGCGAGCAAUUCUCUGCAGACUACACAUUGUGGUUGAAUCAAAUUGUUAUGAUCUCCCAUAUUAAAAGCACAAAAUCCAAAUUUUAAAUUAUUUUCAUCGUACCUUAUUAAACCAUUAAAUUCUGAUUUCUUUCUUUUGCGGGAGUUUUCCUCCGCGUUUGAAGUUAAAAGUACCAAUAAUAACGUUGUCAUGUCUUCAUGUGUAUUAAUUUGACCACUUUUCCUAAGAACAAAUUUAUCUAUUUUAUUAAAUAAUUUACUUUAUUAAAUAACAAAAAAAGCUUUUUAACGGAUACGUAAAUAUGUCUAAAAUAAUAACACGGCUAACAUUUAUCGUCUUUAAACACAGCAACAACAUCAAUAAUAUUAAUAGAUUAUUCUAACAUUAAUUAUUAUUUAUAAUAAAUUGUUGUAUAAAAAAUUAUUAUUAUUAUUAUUAGUAAAUUAUUAUAUUCAAUAAUAUUGAAUCAAUAUCUUACUAUGUAGAAUCAUACCAGUGUAAAUAUACUGUGAUUUGAUAUCCAUUAUAAUGUUAUAUUAUAAACUAAAUUAUAUAAUAUUGUUGAUACAUACACUACUAAAUUUUCUAAACUGUAUUUUCAUUUAUUAAUUUUUUAAUUAUUUUUUUACCUUGCAUAAUUUUAUAAAUUUAAUUUUUAUUAAAAAAAAAAGACUUAUCGCGACCCAAUUUUAAAGCUAACGCGACCCACCGACUGAAGACCACUGCAGUACAUUAUUGCGGGGAGUAACUAAAUGCAGAUACAGUAAGCGAGAGCAUACUGUAUUAAGUGUAUUUGUUCUAGACUAUUUUAUUGAUUUAUUUUAAAAUUGUUAUUGCUGCAUAACAUUCGUAUGCAAUAUUAUUUUCUAUAGUGUAGUAGCAUUGUCUUGUCUUAUCCAUGCCAAGAUCUAAUUGGAUUAUGAGGUCUUCACCAACCAUGAUUGGUCUUCAAUAUAGAUAACUGAGCUAAACGGACAGUAUAAAAUGUAAAUGGUUUGCACAUUUGUGAACCAUCUGUUGAAGUCUAUGACAAUAGAUUAUUAUACAAUAAUUAUUAAAAUUAUUUGAUGUGUCACAAAAGUGGUCGUGGUAAUAUUGUUGUAUCUGAAAUAUAAAAGGAAUAUUUAGUUUCUUAAGUAUAAAUUAUUUGACGAACCUAAAAAUUAACUUACAUAUUAUAUUAUUUGCAAUGCUAUACAACUAAUUACACUACAUUUACCUGAGUACAUAUAAAUUGUAUUAUUUAUCACUAAAAUGUAUACAAUACACAGGAAUAAUGCAUACCAAGAAUGACUUGUCUCUUAUCACCAGAUAAGAUAAGAUAAGAUAUCUUUCAAAUGCUAAUGUUGUACACCAUGUUAUUUAUUCUAUGUUUAACAAUGUACCUAUUUAUUUUAUUCUGAUACUACAUAAAUAUGCUGUAAGGAUCAUUUCUCACACAUACAUACUUUAAAAAACAAAAAUCAUAAUAAAUCAUUGUAAUCAUUAUUUUUCUCAUUUGUCAUUAUAUUUUAUUUUUGUUUUUUUCUACGUUAUGAUAUUAUUAUUCAAUCAUUACUUUAAGGGCUCUUCUGAUUUUUUUGUUUCACUAGUUUUUGACUGAUAACUGACUACAAUCGGUUAGUAAAGCUGUCUUAUAAACUCUGUUUAAAAAUUAACAUUUAUGUUGAUAAGAACAGCCAUAGUAAUAUUAUUUCGACCAGAAUUAUCUAACUAUAAUAUUAUCAGUAUUAAAUGCAUAAUACAUAAUAUAAUAUUAUGUUGUGUAUUUUGAAAUUGAUUGUUGCAAGGUAUUGUUGGAGAAAAUUAUGUAGUGGUCAUUUAUAAAUUAAAAUAGUGUUGAAGACGUCAACAAGCACCUACAAAACUAUAUUAUUAUAAUCAUUUUAUCUACUUAUCAAGUUUAUCAUAUCUUGUUAUAUGCACUCUUUUAUACAUAACAAUAUUGAUUUUUAUAUUAUUUGAUAUUCAUUAAACUGUUUUAUUUGGAUGUGCUUAUACCACAUACUUUUAAUGCAGGACUUGAAUCAAUUACUCAAACCUUUUCCCAAGAAUAUGAUCAUAAUAGUCUUUUCAACCUUUUUUAACUUGUUUUAUAGUAUGUUAUUUUAUUAAUUAUUUAUUAUACUAAUUGCUCAAAUUUAUCAUGGUAUAUCUCAUAUACGCUCAUACUUAUUAUAUGGUUUAAGUUACUUAUUAUAAUUAGUUUUAUUAAUAUUUGUUUUGGUUCCUAUCUAUUGAUACUCAUUAAACCCUUUUUGGUGUUUCAUUUUUUUCAGACCCUCAUUUAUAGAUAGUACUUGUAUAAAUUUUGUCAUAAAUAUUUAUCCUGUCUUAUUUUCUUCAUAUUUAUGGAUUAUAAUUUAAUUGCUAUUUGUAUCUGUGUUAAGUACAUUUAUUUUUAUUUGUAUCAAACCUUUUUACUAAUCAUAGUUGAGUUGUCAAUUUAAUCUUAAUAUAUAUAUUAAUGCUAUACAUUAUUUAAUAUGUUCAAAACACAAUAAUUACACCAACAGUUACAAAUUAAUAAUAAUAUAUAAGUACAUAAGUAUUAUACUAUUAUUAUUAUCCUUUAUCAAUAUAACAAUAUAUCAUUACACUAUCUAUAUAAUGAAUUGAAAUUUCUUCUCAUCAUAGAGCUUUUUAAAUUAUUGUUGUAAAUUUCAACUUUGGUCAUCAAAGUUUGAAGAAAGAUAAUAUUAUAUUUUUUUUUGUUUAGAUUUAGUGUAUAUUUUUGUAUCUACAACUUACAUACUUAAUUUAUUAACAGCAUCAUUGCACAAAUUGUUAAAAUAUUAUAAAAUGCUAAAUUUCAAUGCAUAAUAAUAUCUGAAUAUAAGUUACUAGUUACAUUUACAGAAGGCAACUGCUGAAAAAACACAGUAAACAAUGCUAUACAGGUCAAAUGCUGACUGUUCCAGAACAGUUUGUAUUUAUGUUUUACUAACUAUAUAAAGUAUUAUUUUAAAUUUAAAUUCAAUGAUUUUAUAAUCAAUGCUGUGUAAUGGAUCUUAUUUUACUGUACCUACCUAAUAUAGUGUUUGUGUCUUUGGAAUUAAUAUAAUACAUUACAUACAUUUAUGUAUAAUAGAGGAAAGGUUUUGGUUAGUAUAAAUAAAUUAAAUCUAAUAAAAAUUAUAAUUUACAAGAAAAUGUUAACAUUAAGUAAAUUUAUAACAAAAAAAAAAAAAAAAAUACCAAAGUAAAUAAAAUAUAAUUAUUGCUGAUUGGACAUAAUACUUACAAGCUAAUUAUAAUAAUAUACAUUUAUUACAUUAAGUAAUUUAAAUAAACUGUUUAUAUUAUUUAAAAUACAAAUGUCAAAGGUGUAUCUAGUCCUAAAAUUGUUUAGUGUCUUAUUUCUAAUUUUAUUCAAAAGAACAUUAAUGAAAAAUCAAAAUCUAGUCAUGUAAAUGGUGGUUGAAAUAGAUGUCUAUAAAGGGAUCUGUAUAUUCCUGGACUUAAAACUAUUAUUUAAUUUUGCCUUGCAACAUAAAAAUGUAUAAGUAUCAAUGUAUAAUCAAUUUUAAUUAAAUUAUAAUUUAAUAGUUAAAGAAUACUCAACUCAACAUAAAAAUAUAUAACACAAGUUAAUCCUUAUUGUUAUCUAUAUAAAUAAAAAUGAACAGCUCAAAAGGAGCUUUACUCAAGAACUGCUAGAUAUUGUUGUAGUUGCCACAUCACUGUUUUUACAGGUUAAUAGUAAUAGUUCAAAAAGUGCCAUGAACCGUUUUCAGAAACGGAGGCCUGACUUUUUUAUUUUUUUUUUUUAUAUCUUAAGAACUUUUCUACCAGAAAUGUUGCUUUUCGAGUAUAGGAUUUUUUCUGAAAGGAAAUUUUAUCUUGCUGGUACUGGUUUUGAUUUUCCAAGUGAUUUUCAAAAUAAUUGAGAAAAACAGUAAAAUUCAUGAAAUUUUAUUAUUUUCAAUUUUGUUUUUGUUGAAAUUCAGUUAAAAAUACUUGUAGACAUUUUAAAUUUGGACAGAAUACUUAAAUUUGGUUUUCUAGAGGUGAUACAAUUUUAAAACAAUUUCAACUAUUUAUAGAUAUUUAAUUUUGUGAGUUUUGUUCGUAAUUUGUAUUAGGUAGGUGGAUUGUUAGUUUAUACAGAAAUGCUUGAUAAUUGAACAGGAAGUUUAUUAUUUGUCUUACUUUGUGGUCAAAAAAAACAUUACGAUUGGCCUGAUAAACAAUAAAUUAAUCUGAUUUCUACGCAAUGUGUGUGUUAGAAAAAUGAAAAUAUGGGAGUUCUUAUUCUGUUUUAAAUUCUUUCUAGGUUUAUUAACUAACUAGUUAGCACAAAUUUAUCAACAGAAAUAAUAUUUCGUUAAUUGGUUGAAGUUCAAGUAUUAUUAAGAAUUAUACUUGUUUACCUAUAAUUUUUCAGUGUAUAUUGAACUUAUUUUUCUUUUACACACAUAGAUAAGUUUAAAUUAAGUUGUAUGUGUACACUAUUUGAGCUUUUAUAUUUAUUUCUAAUAAUAUUAUGCUUGUUUAUUUUAAAAUAAAAUAGGACAAGGACGAAUUUUUAUAUUAG